UCACCGUCCAGAUCCCAAACCCUGCAUGCUUCAAACCUCGCAGCACCCAGGGCCUUUCGAAGCAGCUCUGAUAUUUCACUUAUGACUUAAAUAUUUCUGCGUAUGAGACACUUGGUGUCGAAGCUCGGGGCCAGGUGGGGAGCCCGAGCAGAAUUUCCUUACUUUUGUGGUUUGUCAGCCGCUAACAAACAGCCUUUGUUUGAGGUUUCGUGCUGUCGGCUUCAAAGCUUUCUGCGAUGCCUCUCACGUGUGCUUCAUGGAGAGCCAGGGGUGCUCUCGGCGUUUUCCAGGGCCAGGACAAAACGCCUCCUGCAGAAGGAUGGCUCCUCACCUGCUGCUUGCCAGCACCAGCGGCUGCUGCCAAUUUUGCUGCCUUCUGCUGAAGAAAAGGGCCGCACGCCUCUGAUUGCCUCGGCUCCUUUUGAAAGUGAUUUGGUUUUAAGAGAGGAGAAACCAGCCCGAGUUCAUCGCUUCCUUCUUGUCUUUUAAUGCCAAGCCCUCCGAAUUAGCCGGCUGCGCUUUAAUUGCUAGGGGCUAGGUUUGGAAAGAGAAGGAAAAGCCACGUGGGGAAAUAUGGAGAAAUAAGGAAAAAGCCAGCCCUGAAUGACUUUGGGGUCUUCUCUUCCUGAGGGCGCUGCGAGGCAGCCCCGUGCGGUGCAGGGGGCCUGACGCACACCUGAUUUUGGGGCUGGGCACGGAAGAAGCCUCCGCUUCUCACCAGACGUCACCGGUGGCAUCUGCACGCAGCCGGGGGACAGCCAGACACACCGCCACCAGUCACAUCCAUCCCACCAGGAGAACGGGAUCCCGAGGGUCUCCCCCUGGAGCGUGGGGUCCCCCAGGGUCCCCCUAGGGUCUCCCAGCCUCUGGGGACGUUGGGCAUCGCCACCAUGGCACGGCUGUGGCUCUGCCUCUGGCUCUGCCUGCAGCUCCCAGGUUUCUGUGCCAAUCUACGUUUGACCCAGACUCCAGACCAUAUUUUAGCCCAAACUAACAGCAGCACAGACAUCCUCUGCCAGACGAGGAGGGAGCACACCGGGGUGUACUGGUACCGCUGGAGCCCGGAGCGGCAGCAGUUCGAGUUCCUGCUCUUCUCCAACUCACUGGGCAAAAGCACCUACGGCAGCAACGUCAACCAGGAGAAGUUCAGCGUCCGUGGGUCGAGCUCCCAGUCCUACAGCCUGCACAUCGGCCAGCUGCAUGCCUCAGACACCGGCAUGUAUUACUGCUCUGUCUCCCAGUCCUCCGAGCUCGUCCUGGGCAGUGGCACCAGGCUCGGCGUGGUCGAUGUUUUGCCCCUGCCUUCCACGUCCAGGCCGGCCCCGCUCACCAGGAGACCCUCCCGGUGCAAACCCAAAAGCAAAGCCGCGGGCAGCAAAGGUGCCUGCAGCCCCCUGGUCUGGGUCCCGCUGGCCGCCGGCGCCCUGAUCCUGCUGCUGAGCGUGGUGCCCACCGCCCUCCGCUUCUACCGGCUGCGGAGGAGGCUGUGGCGUCGCAUCCACCGGCAGUAAAUCCUGCUGGGAAAAGGAGCAGCCCCCGCCCGGUGCUGAGCCCUGCCUGGAUGUGACCAGGCACGGAUGUUCGAGAGAGAGGACUUGGGGACUUGUACGCUUCCAUCCUGCGAUGGAUGACGAUUUUCAGCUUUUUUCCUUGACACAGCAGCUGAUAAUUAGGCUGGGCCGGAUCCUGCAAGGCGCCGAGCCUGCCUCAAGGAGCUUUACAGGAGCAGGGCGAGCCCCUGCACCAGGGCUGGGGCACCAAAAGGACGCAGCCGGGUUGGAAAGAUGCUUCGAGAGCGCCUGGGCUCCCUGUGCUCAGCACCUCGGGGCUUUGGGCUUCCUCCUGCUAGCGCUGGUUGAUGACUUUGGAGCAGGGAGCAGGGCCAGGGAGGCUCAGCUCCCACGGGAGCCUACAAACAGGCAGGAGUGGGAGAGGAAGGCAGACACAGCCACGUCCCAAGGCCGAGCACCUGGCAAAACAGACGCUGAUAACAGGCGGAGGAGCCCAACGGCACGGCCAGGGACGAUCCUGCCCUGGCUGCGGGGAUGCUGAGCCCCUGGGGCACCCCGGGGUGCCGAGCACAUGGCUGUGCCAUGCUCACUGCUGAGGAAAAGCCCUUUUUGCUUGAUUUCCAGGAGGAAAAUCAGCCUGCUGUGGCAGUGCCACAUCUGUGAGGCACAGUGGCUGGGGCACAGCAGCAUCCCUGCUGCCGAUGAGCCAGGCACAUACAUGGCCCUGGCUGUGUGCUGGGUGUGCUGAGCAGGUGAUUUUUACAUCUCAUUCUUAUGCAGUAGCUAAAAGGAAACCCCUUUGAAGCUGUCCCUGUGCAAAGGUUGAUUCUGGCAAAAAUAAAUGUUUUGCAUCGGUGUUUC